GGCAAACGUCAAACAGCGUCUACGUCACACCGCCAGCGAAGUGGGGGGUGUCAGGAUAAAACACAUCCAUUAUUCCGGGGUAACAUCACAGCCUCGCCAGCGUCGGCACUUGAAGUACGGAUCGGGAAAACAUACCAACGAAAAUGCUGAAGUACAUCGCGUUAUUAGCCUUGACGGCGUCAGUGCAGUGCAACCCGCUGAAAGAGAACAGCAUAUCGGAAAAUUUAGUGGGAGUUAUAUCGGAGUGCAUCGAAAGAGAUACAUCUUUGUGUAUUAAGGAAAAAGCUCUUAAGUUUACCGAACGACUGGCCUUUUCUAAGGACAUGAAUAUCUUCGAUGGCAUGUCUCUGGUCAACAUUGGAUCGGCCCGAUCUGCCCGCAGCUACGAGCCUUUGGCCGAGGACCCAAAAGCUCGGGAAUUGCAACUAGACGAGAGGAUAGCCGACAAUAUGGGUGAUUUCUUGGAGAACCAUGUUAUUCAACUUCGUUUGUCUGAGCCUGAAGCCGAGUCUAGGAGUUUGGAUGAUGAAGCUCGUGGCAAGAAAAAGAAGAAGCUGAAGCAGCUCCUUCCUCUUCUUCUCCUUUUGAAGUUGAAGCUGGCAGCUCUGAUCCCACUUUUCCUGGGUAUCAUUGCCUUUGUUGCUGUUAAAGCAGUGUUCCUUGGCAAGAUUGCCUUUGCAAUGAGCGCUUUCCAACUCAUCAGAAAACUUCUUAACAAGAACCAGUCUUCGGGAAGUUCCAGUAUCUCAUACGCUGCUCCUCAUCACCACGAGGAGCAUCCAGGAUACUCCUACGAACCUGCCAGCAGCGGAGGCUGGGGUAGACAAGCCACUGACGCCCAAUCAUUGGCGUACGCCGGUCAAUUGAACCACUAAGAUCGAGAUGUGUGCUUCUGUAUUUAUUUGCGUAAUGUGUCUUAUUUAUGUGUGACUGCCAUUGUAAAGUACCUCAUUAAUUUAUUUAUUUACAAAAUAAAUAAUUGGAAAAAUA